UAGCAAAUUGUCCUGAACGUUCCAGCGAAUAGGUUUACGCUACAAACCUACCAUUAAUUGGUCCUUCGAGCCGGAUCCUUGGAAUCGACAUUCACCGAGGGGAAAAGAGACACGCCGAAAGACUGACGUCAGCCAGGAUUUAUAGAGGUCCUGCAGCAAAGCCCCGAGGCGUGAGAAUUCAUCAUCGGGCCGGUGGAUUAGCCGUCUGUUUUUUCUCCUCCAUGGGUGACGAUUGACGGGAUUCGGGACUGAUGCUACACGCAAUGAGCAACACCAAGAUGAACGUCUGAAGCCAGGGGACUGGGUGCUGAUAAAGGUCAUAAAGAGGAAGUGCUGGUCGAAGCCACGGUGGGACGGACCGUACCAGGCUCUGCUGACAACACCAACAGCUGUGAAAAUCGCAGAACGGCCUACCUGGAUACACCAAAGCCACUGCAAAAAGGUGACACACAUCCAGGCCAGCUCGGAGUAAGUGGCAGGAAGACCGGGUACAAAGGGGACGGAAAGCCUCCAGGGCCCCUCGUCUCAAUCCGGUGAAGAAACCAACUGAGCCACAGGUACUCAUCAGAAUGGCUGGAAAAGUGUUGUCUACCCUGCUGGGUGUAAUGGCUUUGAUGUCGUCAUGGUCAGCAGUGGAGACCUUGUAUGUCCAAGGAAACCACACCCAAUACCCUCAUGGCUAUUCUACAAACUUUUGGUGGCAAUUUAUGAAUACAACUGCUCACUUGAACAAUAGGACGGACUGCUAUGUGUGUGCUCAUAUGCCGUUAUCCGCAUAUACAUCUGGAUUGUGGCCGUACAGCAUAACAGAGGACAGAAGUUGGUGUCUGUUAGGCUUAGCAACUCAUCCUGGCAACAGAGUCCUGUGGUCCAAGGCCAACUAUAGUACACCUCUGAACAUCACCUGGAGUAAGUCGCCACUUCUGAACGUGAAUUGUUCUGGACAAACUGACUUAUUGGCCUGGCCUCAAGUGUCAGACCCGCUGCCAGACAUAAUAUUGCUGAACAAGCUGAACGCAGCUCAACUACCGUUGUGUGUGAUGAACAAUGGAACACUGUCAGUGGGGGAGCUGCCGCUUCACGUAUGUGGAUACAUAUACACCUACUGCCCACCAGAGAAUGAGAGCAGGUGUAUGAAAUGUUUGACCAGUGCGAAGUGUGCUGAGAACUUGACAUUGAGGAGGACGGAAUGCAAGUUCAACCUGGCUUACAGAAUACCAGUAAAAGCAAAGAGCCAAAAGUGGACAGGCUGUGCAAGGACAGUGCCGAGCAGUAAAGGAACAAGAGUGUUGGCUGAUUGGUAUUUCAUGUGUGGACAUAAAGCCUAUCUAUCACUCCCUGAGGGAUGGGGAGGAUUAUGUGCCUUGGUGAAGUUAUCGGAUCAUGUCUUCUUCAUGGACAGAGUUGAACAUCACCCUAGCAACCGACAGAAGCGUGAGGUGGAUAUAGCCUCACCAAAUUCUUUUGGAGUAACAGUAGACACUGGAGUGCCACGGGAAUUCCGCAUUUGGAGUGGAGGAGCUAAGUUCUUCCAAAGUCUGAUCCCGAACAUCGGAGUUGCAGAGGUGCGGGAUCACGUGGAGAUCAACCGGUAUGCCCUACUGCGACACAUUAAUCUCACUAAGAAGCUGGGAACAGCCUUAGCAGAGGAGCAAAAGGCCAUCAGAACGAUGGUCCUGCAGAACAGGCUGACCCUGGACUUGAUAACAGCAUCACAAGGAGGAGUGUGUAAGCUGAUUGGAGAAACCUGUUGUACAUUUAUCCCGGAUGGAUACACGACUGGAGGAGACAUCUAUGAAGCACUGCAGAACUUAACUGCUCUGCAGAAAUAUGUGGCGGACCACACAUCAGGAGGAGACGCGUCACAAGGCUGGAUAGCCUGGUUGACAUCUGGACCAUGGUGGAAUAUGUUCUUAAAGUUUUUGACUCCCAUUCUCACAUUGUUGACAUUGCUUUGCUUGUUUACAGGUUGCAUUUUGCCAUGUGUAAGAUCAAUGGUGAAUAAAAUGAUUGCUAACACUUUUACCAACUACAUACUGUUGCAGCAGAGUGACAUGGAUGCUAAGGCUAAUGUGUGUGUAUGAAUGAAGCCUGCACUGAAAAUGGUGACAAGUGGUGUAGAGCUGAAGAGAUAUAUAUACGCCAUAUAGCCUUAUAAAAUGACAAUACAGGGUGGAGAUGUUGGGUUUAUAUUUUAUUAUUGUCAUUUGUAUUAGGAAAUAUUUAACCAUAUAUGC